CGCGCCAAGACCAUUCAAGAACCUCCUACAGUUCCGAAAUUAUUUCUUUUUAUUUUAAAACUCACAGACGAUUUUCAUUUUUCACACUCAAAACUUUAACUCAUCAUCCACACUACACGCACAAUACUAGUACUAGACUAGGCUUUUAGCGGAAUAUGAAACCCUCUCGCAGUCGCAGGCUCAGCUUCUCCUCCUCCUCCUCUUCUACCACCACCGUCACCUACACUCUCCACAAUGACCAACCUGCCCCUCCCACCGCCACCGAAAUUCCCAUCCAGUCCUCUGCUACCCCAAUUCCCAUCACCGUUCACGUACCCCAAUCCACCGCAGCCAUCAAAAUUCAAUCCGCCUACCGGGCCCACCUCAUCCGCAGUCUCUAUAAAACAAUCGCAGCCGUGCAUUCCGAGGCCGACGAGUUCCAGCGCCUGAUUCAACGGCAGGAAACGGUCGACGCCGUGAGGAGCAGCGAGCGGGAGAAGCUGACGAUGAACGAGGCGUUGAUGAGGUUGCUGCUGAAGCUGGACUCCGUUCGUGGGGUGGACCCCGCAGUGAGAGAGGCGAGAAGAAAAGUGAGCCGUCAGAUCGUGGGGUUGCAGGAGAUCGUAGACGCGAUUGUUUCAGAAGAUGUUGAUGGCUUUUGGGGAUGUGGAGAUGGUGGGUUUGUGCGGAACUGGGACGACGUCGUUGCGGAGAUGGAGGAGGGUGUGUGCAGGGAGAGAGGGGGUGAGGAGAUGGAGAGGUUUUGUGCUCAGUAUCUGGGGUUUCGCUGCUUACAGAGGUUUCUGCGCGAGCCGUGAUUUAGUGCGUGCGGGCACUGUGCCUAAUAUGUAAUGUACGACUGCAAAUUGUAUUUGUUAUGCAGUGUGCCUGUUAUAGCUAGUCUUUCUAUUCGUCUAUUUAUUUGUCGUGAAUAAAACCUUUGCUUAUAGUAGUUUCAUGAAAUUGAAACGCCUCAAAUUACUCUCAAA